AGGAGGGAGAGAGAGAGAGAGAGAGAGAGAGAGAGAGAGAGAGAGAGAGAGAGAGAGAGAGAGAGAGAGAGAGAGAGAGAGAGAGAGGACGGUGAUGUGGUAAAGAAGAGGAUCAGAUCGAGCAGAGCCAUGCCCGCUCAGGUAGAAAUACGAGGAGGGACGGCAGUGGCAGGAGCUGUGGUAGUAGAAGCAGCGAUGGAGGGCGAAACGAUGGAAAGACAAAUAGCAGGGCUCCGAGGCUGUUGGAGGGGUAGUCCUCGGCGGCCGCCCCUGUCGGUGAAGAUUCAAGGAUCCUCUCCUGUCUGCUCUCAGACGAACAGGAUCUCUGUCACCGAUGGCUAUGGCUUCAGAGCGGAGGUGACAGCAGCGGACGCGGCUCUUAUACGUGAAGUGGAGCAGCGUACGAGCGAGACAGGCAAGCUGUGGGACGCCAUAGAAGCAAUCCAGGGCCCUCACUGGUACAAGAGUGCGGCUUCGCGAUUGCUAUGCGGAUCGGUAUUUAGACCAAGGCCCGGACCAGGUUCCGAGCCUGGUCCACUACCAGAUGACGGAACUUCAGUCACACGAUCAGCAGAAGUAACUGUACCAGGAACAGGAGGAGGAGGAGAAAGAGGAGGAGGAAGAGGAGGAAGAGGAGGAGGAGGAAGAGGAGGAGGAGGAGGAGAGCUGUCAUCCACUCGAAAAGCAGGUUUGAAGCUGAAGUUCAAGGCGGCGGCAGUGUGUUUCCGGCAUAAUACAAGGGUGAAGAAGAUGGUUCGAAAGGGUGUGCCUGCCCGGCUACGACCUGAGGUUUGGAAGACCUGCUCGGGGGCUAUGAGGAAGAAAGCAUCCAUGCCGCCAGACUACUACCAGUCGUUGCUUCGAGAGAUGGAGGGAAGAGAGACGGCGGCGACGCGACAGAUCGACAACGAUCUCCGACGCACUUUCCCUGGCCACCCUUGGCUCGACACGGAGGCCGCUUUGAGGUCACUUCGACGGAUUCUCGUUGCCUACUCUUGGAGAGAGACUUCCGUUGGUUACUGCCAAGGGAUGAAUUAUGUGGCUGCAUACUUGUUGGUGGUGUUACGGUCAGAGGAAGACGCUUUCUGGGUGCUGACUGUGCUGCUCGAGGAGCUGCUGUUAACGGACUGCUACUCUGAGAACCUGCUGGGCUGCCACGUGGAGCAGAGAGUACUCAAGGACCUGUUGUGGAAGAAACUGCCCAAGCUGUCGACACAUCUGAAGCUGAUCGGCUUCGAUGUGGGGCUCGUAACGACGGAGUGGUUCUUGUGCUUGUUUGCGAAGAGCUUCCCGACGGAGAUGGCGAUGAGGUUAUGGGAUGUGCUGUUCAACGAGGGAGCGAAGGUGUUGUUCCGAGUGGCGCUGGCCAUCUUCAAGCUGAAUGAGCCGCAGAUCAUGAAGCUGAUGAAUGUCGGUGACGUCGUCAGCUUGCUUCAGGAGUUCACAUCCAGAGCGUUCGACGCCGACGCUCUUCUUAAGGUGGCUUUUGACCAGAUAGGCUCGCUGCCCAUGAGUUCGAUCAGGAGGAAGAGGAGGUACCAACAGCCCGCCGUUAUCACAGAACUCGAGGAGAGGCUUGAAAAAUGCCGCGUCCACCCUCUCAACGCCAUAGCUAGCUGCCCCACAGGAAGCAGAGAAAGCAGAAGGGGAGAAGGCCCCACCAGCUCCCCUCAUCCAGUCCCCUUCAGGUUCUCCUUCAUUCUCACCAUCUUUGUUGCCGUCCACGCCUUCCGCAGGUCCUCCUUCACUGCCGUCGUCUUCACUAUCAUCAUCCGGUCCCUGCCACAGCAGUUCGUCGUCGACUGGGAUGUUCGAGUCAAUAAUGAUGUUGUGUAAAAUGCAGCAAGCGUAGAACUGAUAACAAAGGUGCUCCAUAUUC